UGGCUCUCUCCGUCGUGCGUCUGUUGUCCUCGUCCCGCCUGCCUUGAAUGGCCGCCUCGCUCGCUCGCUAAUCCCACCGGUGAGAUUGGGCGGUUACUGGCUGGUUAAGAUGGCGGCGAGCGGCGGCGUGGUUCGGGGUGCGAUGGCGUCGGAGCCGCUGGCGAGGGCGGUGGCGGAGGAGGUGGUGCGGUGGGGGAGCAUGAAGCAGACGGGGGUCAGCCUGCGCUACAUGAUGGAGUUCGGCUCGCGCCCCACCCCGCGCAACCUGCUCCUCUCCGCGCAGUUCCUGCAGAGGGAGCUCCCCAUCCGCAUCGCACGCCGCGCGCUCGAGCUCGAGUCCCUGCCCUUCGGGCUCUCCAACAAGCCCGCCAUCCUCAAGGUGAGGGAUUGGUACUUGGACUCGUUCCGCGACAUCAGAUACUUCCCUGAAGUGAGAAAUCGGAACGAUGAGCUCGCUUUCACAGAGAUGAUUAAAAUGGUCAAGGUGCGGCAUAAUAAUGUGGUUCCAACAAUGGCUUUGGGGGUGCAGCAGCUGAAGCACCACCUGUGCCGCGCAAGGAAUAUUCCCUUUGGAUUUGAUGAGAUCCAUGAGUUCCUUGAUCGAUUCUACAUGUCAAGGAUUGGCAUCCGCAUGCUGAUAGGGCAGCAUGUGGCUUUGCAUGAUCCUGAACCAGAGCCUGGCGUCAUAGGCCUCAUCAAUACAAAAUUGUCCCCCGUACAGGUGGCUCAAGCUGCCAGCGAAGACGCCCGUGCUAUUUGUUUAAGGGAAUAUGGAUCAGCUCCUGAUAUUAACAUUUAUGGCGAUCCAAAUUUUACAUUUCCAUAUGUGGCAUUACACCUACAUCUGAUGUUAUUUGAAUUGGUGAAGAACUCCCUUCGUGCAGUGCAAGAACGAUAUAUGAAUUCUGAUAAAGAUGUUCCCCCAGUUAGAAUUAUAGUUGCUGAUGGAGAAGAGGAUGUUACUAUCAAGGUUAGUGAUGAAGGUGGUGGGAUAGCGAGAAGUGGCCUCCCAAAAAUUUUCACAUAUCUGUAUACCACUGCAAAGAAUCCACCUGAUCUAGAUGGACCUAAUGAAGGAGCAACUAUGGCCGGAUAUGGUUUCGGGCUCCCAAUCAGCCGCCUUUAUGCUCAGUACUUUGGUGGCGACUUGCAAAUCAUCUCUAUGGAAGGAUAUGGUACUGAUGCUUACCUCCAUUUGUCACGGCUGGGAGAUUCAGAGGAGCCCUUGCCUUGACGACUCGAUUUGAUGUCCUGAUCUUCCUGUAAUUAGGAUGUUCUUCUUCUUGUAAUACAAUCCGGUGCUGGUCUGCAAAUAUUGUCCUGACGGGCCAGCCACCUAUAGCUAUAGCUGGUUGCUAUCUUCUAGUCCCCUCGAUUCCAUCGUUCAGCUCUGCUGCAUUGGGAGCAGAGGCACUCAUACUUCUGUUAUUAGUAUGAUCCCUCUGCCGGGUUUCAGAAAAAAUAGUCCAUCAAUCAGCAUUGUUAGCAGUGGCCUCCCAGAAAUUAGCAUUAUAAAUGGGCCCUUGGAGCGUUGAUGCUGAUCGCAAAGUGCAGUUCACUCUGAGUAGCAGCUAUUUCAUCAACUGCACCUUGUUGUACAGAGUCUGAAUUCAGCACUGUGCAGUAUUUGAAGUGGUAUAGUUUCAUCAACAAACAAUGAAGACCCUUUAUAAAAAAAAAAGCAAUGAAGACUGGGGUGGUCUCUACAACUACAAGCUGUGGUACCUCUAAGCUCUGGUCUGAUGAAUUGUGGGAUCAGUGAUUCAGUGUUGCAGUCUUCGCAUUGAGCCCAGCUCAAGUUCCCGUGAUGGAGAAGCACCGCCCUGCUGCAUACAGGGAUUUCUCAACCAACUUGAGUGAUCUGCCAUUCGCGUGAUGAAGCUCUCUGCCUCUCUGGUCUGCUGCCCCUGCUCUGUGCGAUGUAAUCACUCCCGUGCCUGAUUGCCUGAAGGAAUAAAGUUCGGCUUCACAGAGAACGAAAGCAAAUGCAGUGUCACCGCCUCACGCCUGGAACCUCUACCAGCACCAGCAGCAUAUUUGGUCCCUGAGAAAAUCCUCGCACGAUGAUUAAACAUCUAUCUGAACUCGACUACUGCCUGUUAAAUUAAGAAGACUAAAAAGUUUGAAACGGAGCGUCAUCCUGUCAGUGUUGGUGGAGCCUUUAAGCUCUGCUCGUGCAGUUAUUACGGGAAAGGGACACAGAUUACAUUACAACUACAGAUCCCAAAUCCCCAAUCCUCUACAAAAUUUUAUGAGUUCUGCAAGUCACUGAGCAGUGGGCCCCCAGGCACGUGACGUGCACGUGCUAGCUCUGAACAGAACCUUCUGUUCCCCUCCGUGUGAGAUUUGCAGGGUCGCAGCUGCAGAGGAUGAGAAGAUACAAAAAUGACGCACGGUUGCGGCUCGCAUGCCGGGGCUCCCCCUCGCCUGCUGCAGAAGAUCGAAGGCACAGUGCCAGCAGCCGUGUAAAGCGGACUGGGAAGAGCUCCGGCAGCCCCACGAGAGAAGCAAACCGAAACCAGCGAGCAGCUUUCCGCUCUGCCGCAGUCGGUUCGGCGUAACCCUUGUGGAUUUUAGCUUUCUGGUUUUUGCCUUUUGACGCGGCGGCAUUGGCUUUGUUUUGCUUUUGCUUGUCCUCCGGUGGUGCAACUUGUUCUUAUGCCAGUAUGUUGUAGUUUUAUUUGCUUUGCUUUGCUUUUAGGUGGUUUAUGGUAUGUACCCUCCAUUAAUGAAAGGUCAUCCGCUUGUAAAACCCAUAAAUGUAACUUGGCAUCUUCCAUCGACCAAAAAAGUAUAUAAGAGCAAGAUGUUUAGAUGUC